UGCUCUGGUUGAGGGGGCAAAGCUGGAUGAUCACUGUGUUGUGUGGCCUCAGGACUUGUUUGCGUGGAAGAACUGUGGCAGGUAUGGUGGAGUAGCUCACCUCGUAGCUGUAACCUUGCAAUCUCUCUUUGGGACAACAACAAAUAACCUGCUUGACCCCCACCAGUCUGGCUUCAGGCCUGGCCACUCGACAGAGACUGCACUCCUCUCGGUCAGUGAGUCACUCCAUGCCGCACAAGCAGCCUCCCUCUCCUCUGUCCUGAUUCUUCUAGACCUCUCCGCUGCAUUCGACACUGUGGAGCACUCCAUCCUCCUGUCCUCCCUGGCAGCAACAGGGAUCUGCGGCACAGUCCUUGACUCGAUUGAGUCUUACCUCUCCGACUGUUCCGUCCAGGUUGCCUGGGCAGGUAAGGUAUCACCACCCCGUCCCCUCGCCACCGGAGUUCCCCAGGGCUCAGUCCUCGGUCCCCUUCUCUUCUCCUUAUACACCAGAUCCCUUGGCCCUGUAAUCUCUGCCCAUGGCUUGUCCUAUCACUGCUAUGCCGACGACACACAACUCUUUCUCUCCUUCUCCCCAUCAGACACACAGGUCCCUGCCCGCAUCUCCGCUUGCCUGAGGGACAUCCAGAGCUGGAUGGACAAUCACCACCUGAAGCUCAACCCGGGAAAGACGGAGCUAAUCUUUAUUCCUGCUCUAACCUCUCCCCUCCUUGAUUUUUCCAUUUCCCUAGGGGACACCUUAGUGACAUCUUCACCCUGUGCCAAGAAUCUCGGCGUGGUGAUGGACAACAGGUUGUCCCUCUCAAAGAACAUCGCAGCAGUAAGCCGGGCAUGCAGAUUUUUCCUGUAUAACAUCCAGAGAAUCCGCCCCUUUCUCACCACCUACUCAACCCAGCUCCUGGUCCAAGCAAUGGUACUAUCCCGACUGGACUACUGCAACUCUCUUCUGGCUGGACUACCGGCAUCUGCCAUCAGACCCCUGCAACUCAUUCAGAAUGCUGCAGCUCGUCUGGUCUUCAACCUCCCCAGACACUCCCACAUCACUCCCCUGCUCACUACCCUCCACUGGCUGCCUGUUAUAGCUCGCAUCAAAUUUAAAACAUUGGUCCUAGCAUACCAGGCAGUCAAGGGAUCAGCCCCAGCAUAUCUCCACAAGAUAUUCAAACCCUACAUGCCAGCCAGACCCCUCCGUUCUGCUACCUCAGGACGCCUGGCACCUCCCCCUCUUCACACCUGCACUCCCCGAACACGUCUCCUAUCUGUUCUGGCCCCACGAUGGUGGAAUGACCUCCCCGUGGAGGUCAGAACAGCUGAGACACUGACCCACUUCAAGCAACGACUGAAGACUCACCUCUUCAGGCUGCACCUCUCCCCAUCCCUUCCUACCUCCCUGUAAAUGACUGUAAGCUUAGGGUUGUAACUAGGUAGCUGUUUUGUAGGUGACUUAGUUAAUGAACCUGUCUUAACUACUGCUUGUAUUUUUGCAUAGACUGCGUUGUUGCUGUUCUCGUUUGUGUUAAUGUUAAACACUAUUUCAGAAUGCUAAAAAUGGAUUUCAGAGGCAGGACUGCCUUUUCAGUAUUUAACAUUUGAUAAGCUGGAUGUGCCUCCAUAGAAAAAGACAUGCCAGCUAUCCUAUCCUUUAUAGAGCUGUGAAAUCCUACACAAAUGUUUCAGUUUUACACAUGUAUUUGCUGCAUUUUCAAGUGCUGUGUCUGUUUCCAUAUGUUCCUUCAUGUAUGGUUUGCAUGCAGUUAAGGCUGUUUCCCUGCCCCCUCAAGCCAAAAUCCAAGGAAGCAGAUUGUUUAUUGCACCACACUUUAUGGCUGUAGCUAUUUGUUUCGCUUGCCCCCUGCCCUCAGCCAUAUUACAACAGGAAGACUGUGUCCCAUAGUUCCUCUUGAAUGCAAGAUGGACAAGUACAUUAUGUGGUGGUUAGUUUAUCACAUAAAAGAUGGAUAGAUGCAUCUUGGUUAGUAUUUGCUGUAUUUAUUUACUGAAGUGCCCACAAUAUUCAGUAUUUCAACUAUUUUUCUUUCUCCACUUUCCUUUUUUCCACCCCCUUUCUCCAAUAAUAACAAACCUUGACACAAAGCCCUUGGCAACAACCUCUUGAAAGCUCAUUGGUCCGUCCACUUUAAGUUGAUCAGUUGAAGGUAUUGAUGGUCAUUGAGAUGAAAAUAAACAAAGCCCUCACAACUUGACUCUAUGCCUAGCCAGUUUACAAAAGGAAGUAUGGACACUUUUUCACUGUCCACCCUAUAAAUCAGCUUGCGUUCACAAAACCUUACAUUUCCCAGUUGUUUUGCUGAACAGGAGGUAUGUUAAUAAUCAGCCCAUUUUACUGAUUAUGUGGAUUUUAUAUCAGAGUAAACAAGUUCAUAGGAUGAGAGCUUUGUUUCCUUGGAAGGUAAUUCUUCUUCAACAGUCCAAUGAUAGCUAGGGUUUAAAAAUAUUAUAACUGCUUUCACACCACUAACAUUUAUAUACAUGUUGACAAUGUUUAAUGCUACAAGAAAAUUAGGUUACUGCAAUGUACCAUAAUUCAGUCAAAGCUGAAUUAUGGUACAUUGCAGAAAUAUAAACGCCUCCCAUAGUAAAUUGUGAAACUUUAGGUUUAACAACUGAACAAACUUU